GGGGUUAGUACUUUCACUCCCAGACGACCAGACACAUCGCCCUGGGUAUGGAACACAAGGAAAAACGAAUGCUCGAGCAGUCAACGCUAUACCCUAAAAAUGCUGUUGACGACUCUGAUACAUCAGCCAAACGACGAAAGGUGGUCGGGCCAACAUUACCUUUAUCAAAUACAAUAGACGAACACACCCCAAACUCUGAGGGCGAAGACGAAAGCAGCGACGAUGAUGAAAUCGGCCCGAGCCUACCCCCUUCAGGUCCUGUGGUGCCCGAGGGAGCCGAUAUGAAGAUACGUGGCUACAGCUUGGAAGGCAUGUCGACCGAGCAAGGCCACACUGUCAAGGAGCGGAGUCAUCGCGAUGAGUGGAUGCUACAGCCUCCGGAAUCAAGCGGAUGGACUUCAAGGGUCGAUCCGACCAAGUUAAGGAGUCGAAAGUUCCAAACCGGAAGAUCAGCAUCAAACCCCGCAUCAGGGAAGAUAGAUUCAUCUUGGACAGAAACACCGGACGAGAAAAUGAAACGUUUGCAAGAUGAAGUCAUGGGUGUCGGCACAGUUGGCCCAAGUAAUGAUCAAGUAGCUCGGUCUUCCAAGCUAUCGCAGACCAUGCGAGACAGUAUCAAAAGAUAUAAGGAUGCAAGACGUGAGGGUGAUAUUACAGAGGGUGUAUCGCAACAUCUCAAGGAGCGCAAAAAGAGCGAUGAAGACGACCCAAGCAGUCGCCCGUUUGACAGGGAAAAGGACGUAGCCUCCUCUCAAAUAAGCAGCUCCCAACGACGAGAGAUGAUAAAUAGGGCCUCUGACUUUGGUUCUCGAUUCAGUAAGGGAAGUUUUUUAUAAAUUCUCUGUUUUUUACUUAUAAAGGAAAUAUUAAUCUUAGUUGAAUCAGGAAUA